UGUCCUUUAUUUUGCUUGACGCGUUUGUCAAAGGGAAAGAAUGAACAGACAACAUGUAUGAAGGAUGACGCGACCCGGCUAAGAAUCUAUCCUUAGAAUGGAAAACUAUGAAAAAUUGAAAAAGUUAGGUCAAGGUGGAUGUGCUGUUGUUUAUUUGGUCAAAGAAAAGGAAAAUGGAAGGUUGUUUGCUAUGAAAGAGAUACAGCUUGAUUCAUCAAGACCAUCAAGAACAAAGGAAAAUGUUUUGAGAGAAGCAAAAAUUCUACAGAACUUAAAGCAUCCACACAUUGUUGUCUUUCAUGACUCUUUCUUUGAUCCAAAAGAUGAAUUUCUCUGCAUUUUACAGGAUUACUGUGACGGUGGAUCAAUUUAUGACAAAAUUCAGGAGGCCAAACUGGCAUCAGUUCAACUUGAAGAGGAAACAAUAAUCAAGUGGUUUGUACAAGUAGUCAUGGCUGUUCAAUACCUCCAUUCAAACAGAGUCCUGCAUCGGGAUAUUAAAACUCAAAAUAUUUUUCUUAUGAAGAAUGGAAUUGCAAAGCUAGGUGAUUUUGGUAUUUCUAAAGUAAUGGACAGUACUGUAGACAUGGCGCAGACUUGUGUUGGCACCCCAUGUUAUCUAAGCCCAGAAAUGUGUCAAGAUUCACCCUACAGCUCAAAAGCAGAUAUGUGGGCCCUUGGUUGUGUUUUGUAUGAAAUGUGCAUGUUAAACUACGCCUUUGAGGCCACAAGCUUGCUUUCGUUAUACUACAAAAUCGUCAAUUGCAAUUAUGAACCAAUCUCUGGAAAUUUCUCAAGAGAGUUAAAUACUUUAAUGACCAGAUUACUAUGCAAGUCACCAGACAACAGACCAAGCGCUACAGCCAUUCUCAACGACCCUUUUAUUCACGAAAAACUUUCCAAAAUGGUUACUGAAUACAAACAUCGACAGGAAGAAAUUACUGUCAGACAUCAACGUUUUAAGGACAAUAAGAAUCGACCGUCUUCGGCUGCAAGUAACCGGGAACUCAGACCAAAUUCUGUAGGCAAGCGGUGUCAAUCUGCAAUUGGCUUAAGAAGCAUGCCACAAAAUAAAGAAGCAGCACCUUCAUCGAAAAUCGCCCAGGAAGAUAAAUCAAAUUUAAUGUCAGCAAAGGAUACGGGUAACUACGCGGAUGACUUUGUGGAGGAGAGCGAUUCUGAUUAUUCUGAUGAUUUUGACGAAGUUGAAAUCGAGGAUGACCUGGGAGAGAGUGACAACGAAGAUGAGAAGGAAAAUACGAAUGAAAGUGGGGUUAUUGAUCAAUAUCCAGAUGAUUUUGAGGAACUCGGCGAAGAAGAUGAACAGGAGAUUGAGGAUUUAUUAGAUAACGCUGAAGAUGUACUUCAGGGACAAGAAGCAUACGAAGAUUUUGUGGAUGAUCAACCAGGUGAUGGAAGUUCAAAUAUUGCAAUGCUACGAGAGCACUGUCGUGAGCACCUUGGUAAUACUAUGUUCAAUAAGGUGGAACAAAUUUGCAAAGUUGGACAUGACCAGGAAUUUCUUGGGUCCGAGUUUCAACGAAUAGCUGGUUCAGAGAUGCUUGAUACGUGUUUCCUCGUCAACGAGCUCGUCAUAAGGGAUACAGAAACAACGUAAAAGUCAAGUUAACCAUUGGGAUGGCAAGAUCAUCGCAGAAUUUAAGAAGAUCGGAGUGCUGGCUAGCAAAGUUUUUCAAAACAGGUUUUACCAAAAGAGUACCAUCCGCUACUCGGAAAUAAGGCAUUUUUACAUGUUCCACUGUUAUAUACUGUUUGGAAAUUAAGACAGAUUUAACGGAAGUCUGAUAACAUUCUUAAUUUGUUUAACCGGUUUUAAUGAGUAUUAAAGAUAUUUUUGGCGUGUGUAAAUAUUUAAUAUAGUGGUUGCUGAUAUUUUGAAAUGAAUGAUACUAAAAUUGUGGAAAAAGGAUUCUUUUCAUUGCCUGUUUUUGUUCUUGGUUUGAGUAGCACAGUUGUAAGAUCUUCAUGCAGCGUUGGGCUUGAAUUUUCUUUAUUAAGAAUGUUUGCGCCAUUGAGAUUGGCUUUUUCAGUAUUAAACAUAGGCGUAAACUUGGGGGGGG